AUGCGACUCCGAUGUAACCAGCAAUCUCAUCAGCUGGAUUCCGGGACUUUCGAUAUCGCAGUACAUUUCUACGGAGACGUGCAGAUCCAUCUUGAACUUAUCAACGAAUUCUUCAGUCAAUUUCUAUUCGUCAGGUCCUGGUCCCUCCGAGAGGUGGCGCCCAAACCCCGACCUAAAUAUUAUGAGGACCCUGUGCAAGUGGUGGUGUAUCGACUACAGCUGCAGAGUUCCGUCCUGUCUUCGGAGUUUCGCCAGCAGAAACUGCUCGAAAACUGGUGUCAACAGAUGCCGCUCUGGGCCUUGCCGACGCUCCCGAACCAUAUUCUAGCGACGACGUCCUGGGAACGUUCCCAUGAAAUCCAGCUGUGUGAGCUGUCCAUUGGAAACCUUGUCGGGAGAUCGAUUUUCUGCGAGCAUCACCGUCUCGGAGCGGCACUGAGCGUAUUCGAUCACUCUGCGCAAACAUUGUCCAUGUUCCUCGAGCGUGCGAACGUUGGUGUUUUACGACUGACCGUGCGCUAUAACCAGAUCCAGAAGAUGUUGGUCACCAUUCUAGACCCAAAUCAUGUUUACCUGUUGCUCCACAUGAGAGUGGUGAGUUUGGUGUCGUUCGUCGACAACAAGCAACUUGAGAGCCACUUGGCGUCGUCGAGUGGGGAGCUUCGUCUAGAGGAUAUCUCAACGUAUCAGCGGAAACACGAUUUAGACACGUUCGACGCAUCCUUUCCGACAGCGACCGAAUUCGGCAGUUGUCUAACGAUGAGUCUCCACGCUCGGGGAGCCACGACAACGCUGAACAACUUGAUAUCCCGAGUGAGCCGCAAAGUCUCCCACUACGGCGAAGUCGCUUACUGUCGCGUGGAACGAAGAUUAAUACAUUCCGUUGACAGGGCCAGAUUGCGAGCUAUCCAGGAAGCUUUUAUCCCGCUCCUUAGAUCGUUCGAAAUCAAGUACGCCAUGUGUGCGUUAUUCUCGUGGAGCAAUGAGAUCAUCGAUCAACUCUUCACAUACAACAGAGUUCAAGAGGUCCUGGCUCUGAUCCGGGCUUUGGAACUCAAGUCGUCCCAUUCGCUGAGCCUCGCGCUGGGAGACGUUUUCAAUUCGCUCGAGAACGGAGCCAUUAUCGCUUUUGAAUCGGUGCUCGAAAUGCUCUUCACAGAACACUAUUCCUCCGACGGCAUAGCACGCGAGAUGCCCGUUCCGGGAACAGUCUACGUACGCCGAGUUUUCGUCACGCCGACGAGAAUGAUCCUGCGUUUCGCUGACUUGCAUACACAAAACCGUAUUCUGAGACAUUUCGAUUCCGAGUACGCAAUCCGCGUCUGCUUCCGCGAUGACAAUCUAGACAAGUUGACAUUCUCGGUUCUCAAUAUGAGGGAAAAGCUGCCGUUCCUGAAUCACGUCGUCGGUGACCACAUCCGAAGCGGAAUCACGAUCGGAGAUCGCAAGUACAUGUACGUUGCAGCUUCGUCGUCGCAAUUGCGUGACCACGGCGUUUGGUUCUAUGCGCUGGAUCCAUCGGGCUUCGAUGCUGCCUCGAUCCGACAAUGGAUGGGGGACUUCAGCAAUAUCAGCAACGUGGCCACCCGGAUGGCUCGAAUGGGACAAUGUUUCUCGUCAACACAGGAAACGGUUGAAGUGACGCCGCUCGAGGAGGUCCAUGAAGAUGAUAUUUGGUACCCGGAGCAAGUGCAUCCGACCUCGAAAAAACCGUAUUGCUUCUCAGACGGUUGUGGCAAGAUAUCUCCGAGUUUAUUAAGUGAGGUAUGGGGAAGUCUGCCCCAUACCAUUUCCCAGCCCUCCGCCCUGCAAAUUCGCUACAGAGGCUGUAAGGGUAUGGUCUGCCUGGACCCUUCCCUCGAGGGUCGGCAGCUGGUACUGCGAAAAAGCAUGGUGAAGUUCGAAUGUAACUCGAAUCGAAAGCUCGAAGUUAUCAAAUGGUCGGCUCCGAUGAACAUGUUCUUGAACCGACCUUUCAUCGCGAUACUUGAGCACCACGGAGUUAAAAUUGACGUAUUUCUUAGACUGGAACUUGAAAUGAUUCUACAGAUAGCCGACUCUCUUGUCUGUGAAGCUUCGGCUUUGCGGGUAUUGACGAGUUUCGUUAAAACGCCAAUACCGUUCUACGGUCUGGCCGAGACCGGGUGGCAACUUGUACAGGAUCCCUUUUUUACUCAGAUGCUAUUUGAUUUAUUGAAAACCUCGCUAAUGAGCCUUAAAGAAAAAGCCAACAUCGCCAUCCCGGUGAACGAGGGCCGCAACAUGCUGGGAGUCGUCGACGAGACGGGGCUCCUAGAAUACGGUCAAGUAUUCAUUCAAUUCACCGAGAUGCCGUAUUCAGACAUCAGCCAAGCACGGACGCGCGUUGUCGAUGCCGAUGUUGUUGUCACGAAAUGUCCGUGUCUUCACCCGGGAGACGUCCGUCGACUCCGCGCUGUCGACAUACCUGAACUGCACCAUGUCCGGGACUGUAUCGUGUUUCCGGCGAAGGGGAAAGCGCCGCAUCCUUUCGAAAUGUCAGGCUCGGAUCUCGAUGGCGACGAAUACAUCUGUAUCUGGAAGGAGGAUCUCAUUUUCGAAGAGAACGUCGAACCCUAUCUCUACGACGACAAACCGCUCGGUGUCGUCAAGCCGUACCAACGCCCGGUGCACGAAGUCAGCUUCCUGUGCAGUUACAUAGCGAACGAUAUGAUCGGCAUAAUAUCGAACGCACAUCUGGCCUGGGCCGACCAACGUGGACUGAUUUCGGACGAAUGCUUGGCCCUGGUCGACAAGGCCUCGAAAGCUCUCGAUUUCGCGAAAACAGGACACUCGGUGGACCUGCAUCCGAACGAGAAGCCGGAAAGAUUCCCAGACUUCAUGGAGAAAGGCGACCACAAGCAUUCGUAUCAGUCGAACAAAGCUCUGGGUAUCCUCUACCGCACUGUGCGACAGAUCAUGUCGGUCAACGAUACCCAGCUGAGCAGUGGUCAUAAGUUUUCGCCGUUAGAAGUUCCCGGCUGGCAGAUGUUCAGAGACGACGCCUACGCAGCCAUGCGAAGAUAUAAUCAGCGUCUGGCAAACAUCAUGGACCAGCAUGGUAUAAUGUCGGAGGGGGAAGUUUUCAGCGGUCGUAUCGGGACCCUGAAUACGUUCGACGCGUCUCGCGCAGAGAAAGCUUCGGUGGCACUGCUCGUCGAUCGGCAGAAGACAGCUUUGAUGGAAGAGACUCGGGAGCAAUUUUUUGCUGAACUCAAAAAUGACUGCAUUGUUCUCGGAGCUCAUGCGGCCGAGGACAGGCGGAUGUUGCGUCUGCAAAAAGCCUCGGCCUGGUUCAUGGCCGCCUACGCCCUCCAACCUCUAACCGGAGGUGCUUUCUAUAGUUUCCCGUGGUGUAUAGCCCACGUUCUGCUCGAAGCUAAGUGGUGGUUGCGUCAGACCUAUCCAUCGAUGUUGACGGUGCACGAGCUCAGCGAAUGUCGAGAGAACAUCCUCGUUCAAGUAAUCGACGAACGUCUGGGGAAGUUUUCUCUGGUAACGUCACACCAGCGAGUCAGAGCUCAUCUGACGGAAUGGCUUGCACGACUAGAAAGAGGAUCUCGGAUCGAGCACGCCCAUGCCAUUGGGAACUUGCUGACUGCCAAGGACGCGAUAAUCUGCGCCGAGUGCUUCGAGACAAUAUACCGAAGAUUCGCCGAUGCUGUCGCUCUCCCGAAACAGCUGACUACGGUUGGCGAGUACAUUGUGAGUUUCUUGACGUUCCUGGCCUGCGGCAAAUGCGUCUACCCGACUGAGUGCCUUCGUGCAACGUGCCGUAGAUUCCUCUCGAGUGAUUGCCCGCUGUUGACGGUCGAAGCUUCGAAGGCGUACGUUCGCUUCGCAAUAAAUAAGGAUCCUUGCUUCCUCGGAUUGCCGUGUGAUCAAGGCGCUCAUAAAGUAAAUACCAUCAUCAUGGACGCUCCACCGGAGAAAAUUAAUAUCUCCGAGAGAUUGCAUCGUUUCCUGGCCGCGGAUGAAGGGAGGCAAUGCGCUGAAUUGCUCUCGCGGUGGACUGGAGUCCAGCACAUCAGCAUCCGCUUCCAACAUCAUCGGCACCAUCAUCGCGGCGUUCGUUUUACUUCACCUAGAUCAGACCAAGAUAACUGUGACGACAAGAAUUCCACAGGGGCCGAUCGUACCUGUUUUAGUAUGAAAGUGCACUAUUGUGGAACUGAUGCACAAAUUUUCGCCAUGCAGCAAAUCCUCCGGAGCGAAAACUUACAACGAGCGCUAUUGGAAGACCGGGGAGAUCUGCUUAGUAGAGAGAGAUGA